UCCCUUUAAUAUAAAUCUGUCUCAAAGUUAAUCAAACUUUAAAAGAAAAGACGGAGUCACUCACUGCUCUUGAUUAAACUACUGUUUAUUUGCAUCUUUGUUCUUAUUUUUAAUAACAAAGAUAAAUGAAAAACAGCUCUACUGAGAUUAAUACCAUAACUAUCAUUAAGAAAAGAAUUGGAGGAAAAUAUGCAAUGUUGCUUGGUGAUAUUUCUUUGGAAUCUUCAAAAAACUUUAAUUUGAUUUUUUUUUUGUCCAAUUCACGAUGGAGAAUGCAAACAUAAAAAUAACUAAUUUUAGAAAAUUUGCUCAUUUCAACUCAUUUUCCCAGAACUGGUCACAUAUAUAUGCACUGUAAAAAAUGGUCAAACAUCUUGAGAGUAUUUUUACAGAAUGUCAUUACCUAAGCAGCCAGCAUUUGAACGUUUUCAUUUAUAAACAUUUAAAAAAAAGUUUUCAUUCAUAUUUAUUAACUCAUAUUUUAAUGUAUAAUUUACUGCAAGCCGAUUGUUGUGUUAAUAAGUAUAAGGUUUAUCCAACCUAUAUGUGGAAACCUGAAAAAUGUCACUUCCAUCACACAAAAUAUAAAAAUCCUCACACAUAAAAUAACUUGAUCAAGUACAUGUGAUAAUGUGAUGGCUCAAACAGUUUGAAGAUUUUUUUAUUUUUCAAGGUUUCAAUUAGUGCUGCUAAUUGAAGAAUCACUCCCAUCAAUUAGAAAUAUGAUGCAGAUCCCAGCUAUCACUUGAUCUGAACGAGUUGUUUGUUUGUCAGUAAUUAGGCUUCUUAGCUCAGCUACUGCUUUCUAAAUGGACUUUAAUUUAGCCUAAAUCAUCAGAUAACAUCAGCAUCUGCUUAUUAUCCGCAUGCUGAGACAGAACCUCUGAUAACGAUCUCAAAAACGAAAAGCCUUAAAAACACCAUGUAAUUGUCCCAGUGAACCUUUCACACUGUUUAUUCUUAACAGACCUUUAUUCAUUGUGUUGUUGCGAAUAAUCAUAUUACAUCUUGGCAUUCACAUCAGUUUUAACUAUUUUUAACUCUUGUUUUUGAAAACAGCCACAGAACGGCUCGAAACAAUAUGACCUAAUUUUGACUGAUUUAUGGCCGAACACUGAAUACUCUGUGACUGUGGCUGCAUUCAACUCAAAAGGCGAUGGAGCACGUAGCAAACCUACAGUCAUCAGAACUAAACCAUCACUGCCAGGUAUGCCCGUGCUUACAGUUGCACCAUCAGAAGAUGGCACUGCCCUGCUGAAAUGGCAGCCUCCUCCUGCUGGUCUGUCCCCAGUGCUGGGCUACAGGCUCUCAUAUGGCCAGGCCGACCCGACCUCAGACUCCUUCAUGGUGCUAGAGCUAAACGCAGAGGAGCGCACCUACAGCAUCCCAUCUUUGAGCGCAGGGGUGCUGUACGUGUUCCGUCUGGCCGCGCGUACCAUCUGGGGUUAUGGUUCAAGCGCUCAGGUCACCCUUUUAACACCAAACGUGGUGCAGACAACCACAGAUGACAUGGUAACAGCCCCGUGGACAACAGAUGCUUUAAAUGUGAGCGUACAGGAAACAGUUCCGCUUUUGGCUAACUUAACAGCCCAAGACAUCAACUCCUCUUCUGUGAUCCUGAGAUGGGAGCGACCUAAAAACUAUGACUGGAUCCGAGGUUACCGUGUGUGGUUCGCGGUCACCUAUAGUAAUGGCACGGACAUUGCCAUGGAAUCAGACGUUGCGGAGGCCACAGUGGUUCUUCAUGGCCUAAAGCCAAACACUGAGUAUGUGGCGAGAGUGUGUGUGCUUAGCAAACACGGCCCUGGGCCCUAUAGUCUCCCUAUAUCCAUCAAAACACAACCAGCACAGGAAGGUAGGACUCAUGUGUAUCCUUCUCACACACAAACAUUUACCAUCAGGCAAGCCUACCUAAACAAAACCCACUACAUUUUCAUUACUCUAGAAGGAUGUUUUCUGUUUAUGUCUGGUUAUUUUUCACUGUCUUUGUUGGUCUGGGUCUCUUGUUUGGUGGCCUCCUUUCAGUGCAGAUAAAAGGUGAGCAUCUUUCUGUAAAUGGAUCUAGGUGAAUGUGGAGUGCCCCAUUAUCUCAUAAGACAACUAUGGUAAAGGUGAGCCUUUAGAAAAGAGUAAUGAAUUCUUGUUACAGAAAAAGUAACUUACUAGCUCUUUUUUUCUCCUGGCGGCUCUGUGCACUCUUUACAGAUAACAGCCUGAUGUGCUAAAUGAUUUUAGUAGAAACAGUUGAAAGGAUUCUUUGAUGUUCUUCAUAAAUGCUUUAGCAAUGCUGGAGGCCAGAGAAUCGGCUCAGGUGAGCUGAAGCAUUGAUGUGUUGAUCUCUUGUUUUCUC